AGACCAAUAUUUAGGUUUAAGACCGAAUUUAACUUCAAAAUUAGUUUGAGCUUCACUCUAAAACCAUUUUGAACUGAUGGGUGUCAUUACCUUUUUUGUGUGUGUAACUUUGGCUUUCUAAGGUUUGUUUGAGGUUUUUGUGUUUUGGGGUGUUUUGUUUAUUUAAAUCUACCCACCUUUAUACUAAGAACCAAAGAGUUAACUAAAUUUCCCCUUAGAGUAGCACUAAAUGAGUUGGUAAGUACAGUGUAGAGCAAGGAAGAAGAUAUUGAAAUGUUUUGUGGUAAAGAAGGUAACUUGUGCAAACUUGGGUGGGAAGAUAUGAUAAUGGUCACUUGUAAACCUCAAAUUAGCUGAGAUUGAAUAUAAGUUCCUCAGGGGAGAUCUGUUUUGGUAAAAUCAGAGGGACUGCAUAUGUUCAUUGGCUGCUCUUAAAACUUGAAUGAAACAAAACAGCUGGAAAAAAGCAACUUUGCAGUCUUUUAGUAUCUGCUUAAAGUACUCUAAAUACAAAAAGUGUUGCUAAUUCUGUUCAUCCUACUCAGGAUAUGGAUAGAGAGAAAGUCACCAGAUGGGGUUACUUUAGCUAUGCCUUUAUAAGAGAAACAGGACCUGGGUGUGAAUCUCAGUUAAGCUGUUUACUAGCUGUGAGACUUUGGACAAAUUACUUAAUCUUUCCUAAGCAUCAGUUUCCUCAUUUGUAAAAUGGGGGUUAUGAGAGUGCCAACCUCACAGCGUUGUGGGAGGGCUCAGUGAGACAGACAACAUACUGUCUGUCUUAAUAAACACGUAAUAGUGGCUUUUAUUACUACUUAUCCUGGAUUAGUGACUAUUUGUAAUAUUUAACUAAUUACAUUUGGCAGGAAUAAGACUGCCUUAUUUCUUCUCUCAUCUCAGUUUUCUUCUUUGUGUCUUAGUCGCUGAUAUUUUUAACCCCAGCUUUAAGAAAGUGCCGGAAUUGAUUUAAACGUGGUCAUGCUUCAGGAAUCCAAAGUUUAUUAUAUGAAUACCAGUCAACAAUCCUGUUAUAAAAAUGUGCUUAUCCCAAAGUGGCAUGAUAUAUGGACACAGAUACAGAUUCGGGUAAAUAGUUCCAAACUGGUCCGAGUCACCCAGGUGGAGAAUGAGGAGAAACUGAAGGAGCUAGAGCAGUUUAGUAUCUGGAACUUUUUUUCCUCCUUUUUAAAAGAGAAAUUGAAUGACACCUAUGUUAACGUGGGUCUAUACAGCACAAAAACCUGCCUCAAAGUUGAGAUUAUAGAGGAAGACACCAAGUACAGUGUCACUGUGACCCGGAGAUUUGACCCCAAACUCUUCCUCAUUUUUCUCCUUGGACUUAUUCUAUUUUUUUGUGGUGACUUGCUGAGCAGAAGUCAAAUCUUCUACUAUUCCACUGGGAUGAGUGUGGGAAUUGUGGCCUCUUUACUAAUCAUCAUUUUUAUGCUGUCCAAGUUUAUGCCCAAGAAAAGUCCCAUUUACAUCAUCCUGGUAGGAGGCUGGUCCUUUUCUCUGUACCUCAUUCAGCUAGUUUUUAAAAAUUUACAAGAGAUCUGGAGAUGUUACUGGCAGUAUCUUUUAAGCUAUGUCCUUGCAGUUGGAUUCAUGAGUUUUGCAGUCUGUUACAAGUAUGGGCCCUUGGAGAAUGAACGAAGUAUCAACCUGCUGACUUGGACCUUGCAGCUGAUGGGCUUAUGUUUCAUGUAUUCCAGUAUCCAGAUACCACACAUUGCCCUUGCCAUUAUCAUCACUGCACUGUGUACUAAGAGCCUGGAGUACCCUAUUCACUGGCUGUACAUCACCUACAGAAAGAUGUGUAAUGCAACAGAAAAGGCUGUCCCCCCUCGUCUUCUGACAGAAGAAGAAUAUCGGAUACAAGGAGAGGUAGAGACCCGAAAGGCUUUAGAGAAGCUUAGAGAAUACUGCAACAGUCCAGACUGCUCGGCUUGGAAGACUGUUUCUCGAAUCCAGUCUCCAAAAAGAUUUGCUGACUUUGUGGAAGGAUCUUUCCACCUCACACCCAAUGAGGUUUCUGUCCAUGAGCAGGAGUAUGGGUUAGAGAGCAUUAUUGCCCAGGAUGAACUCUAUGAAGAAACAUCCUCUGAAGAGGAGGACUUAGAUUCUCGGUACCCCCCCAUCACACAACAGAACAGCUUCUUGACUUAGGUGGUCGUCAGUUAUUUUUAUGUGGAUUGGCUUGGUACCUCAAUGGUCCAGGUUGCAUGUGUUGCACAAUUGCUUCUCAAAUCUUGGAAGUUGAGUGAGAUAGUGCUGAAAUUCUCCCGCUGAAAUUAGAGGCCUGAGUAGACCUCCCUCUGGAAAUGGUCUUGGUGGUCUCUGGGGUCCCGAGGAAGCAGAGAGGAUAAAGUAGUGACUGCUUCCCAACACGUCCCAUUGGUUAAGUUCAUGGCCCACCUUUAUAUUUCCGAAGAAACUGGAUUGCCACAGCUAGCAUGGCGUUCCAGCUCCUCUUUGAAAGUUGAUUCAGUCGUGGCAUUUCAAACUCAGAAGUGAUAACUGUUAUAUGUGAAGUAAUGCUUUCAGACUAUAGGCUGCAUCUUUCAGAGACAAAUCCACAAAUCUGAGCCUCUUUUACUUCUGCUUUUAUUUCAGUAACUUUAGCAUAAUCCUUGUUUUAAGAGGAAAAUAGAUUAUUAUUUGUCUGUCUUGUUUUUUAAGUGAAUACAUUUUAAAAAAAUGUGACAAACUCGUUCCAGAGCCAGCAAGUGCUCCAGAGUGACAAGCCCAAUAGGCCCCUACGUAUUUAUUAAUAUGGGUUAUCCAUUAAAGCCCAAGGAGUGUUGUGCUGAGCUUUGGAUUAGUUCUCACACCUAUGAUAUUCUAAGUCCUGCCUGCAGGCCUUUCUGUAGAUGAGGUCUGUUGGGGUUUUUAUUAUAUUUAACUUUCAAUUCUCUUUUAAAAAUAGGUUUGCAUUCUUCCCUUCUAAGUCCUCGUUGCCCCAUUUGCCCUUUCAGGAAGGGUCUAUUCCCUCACCUCUGAAGUAUAUACAUUUCAGUAUAUACAUGUUUAUAUAUACAAGUAUAUACAUUUAAGUAUAUACAUGUUUCAUCAAGUAUAUACAUGUUUCAUUUCUUAUAUUGUCUUCCCUUUGGUUUAUAAUAGCAUUGUUUCUGCUGGUUAGGAGGAGUGAUCUUAUUUAGGGAAUUUAAAUGCUUUUUAAGGUUCUCCAUUUUUCCUGUCAGUGGGUCACAUAUCUUUGAAUUGCUGUGGGAUCAAGAAACUAUCUCCUUUUCCCUUGCCUUCCUUUGUCUACCCAUUCUACCUAUUCUUUUCAGCCUUUCCGUACCACCUGUAUCCCGCCCCACCGGAAGUCUGGCUAACUUGUGAGCCUAAAACUAUCUGUGAAGGUUCUUGAUACAAUAUACACGUUGUAGCUAUGUGGCUGCCGCAGUUUGCAUUGUCAGGAGAUAGACCUCCAGAUAAUCCUUACGCCUCUGGGUGCCUGUUCAGCCAUCAGGAGCAGAUGCACUGUUCUAUGAACUUAUUGUACUUAUUUGCAGUUCCAUUUCUGACCAGAGGUUCAUGCUGCUUUUUAUUACAGUGGCAUUGGUUUCACUUUCUUUUGCCAUUGCAAAGUACCCUUAUAAACAAGCAGUGCCAUUUAUGAGGGAGCAAAUUCCCAAGUCUCUGUCAUUCGCUUGGUUCUGUCUUUGUGACCCUCGUACCUUGGAAAAAGCUGUGAUUACUUUAUUCAGGAAGAUGGACACUGAUGGCAGGAGCACAGCACUGGACUGAGUGGCUUAACCGUGAUCAUGGAGAAGGCAGAUGAUGUUUUAAAGAGCUGUAAUGACUCCUUCAGACCAGCCGUUAACAGAUCAUGUUGAAAGGUUCUGGACUCCAUUACAGACUUCCAAGAUGUCAGUUCUGAGAUUCCUCUCCAGGUGGCUAGUUGAUUUUUUUCUGCUGGUGUUUCCCAUAGCUUUAAACUGUCCUAAAGUGACAACUACCUCAGUUGGCAGCAAAUAGACAUAUAGCAGAAAGUGAAAAAUAAGCAGUAUUUGGACAGAUGCCAUGGGUUAAAGUUGCUUUAUAUUAGGAAACCUUUCUAUCUUUGUGAAUUAUGUACAUGGUAACAUUUUAUCUCUCUACAAAGAACUGUUAAGACCUCUGAAAUUUCCUAUUUUUUGCCUCAUUAAUAGAAAUCGAGACUUAGCAUGUUUGAGCGUAAGCUGAUUUGAAAAAAUAAUUCGGCUGUACAAAUGGUCUCAGGAUUCCCUGGAGACUUUGGUGCCUUCCCCAUAUAACUACUUAGAGACAUGGUUGCUUGCCUCCAGUGUGACUUUUCCCGACUCAUGUCUUUAUUUCAGCAAGAAAGCAUUGUGAAGUAGAGAAAGAUUCUCGUCUUUUUCUGUUUAGUAAACCCCUUGUGAUAUACAGUUUCCAUCUCAAGAUGAGUUUUUCUCACUGUGUUUGAAUUUGGGAUGAGUAAAAUCAAACUCAGUUUAUCACUCCCUGUCUGGUAGUUGGAGAACUGAGCUGUAGGCAUUGGCAAUGACAAUGGGUCCUGCAGCAUGAGAGCUGCUCUCAGACAGUGAAGGACGGUGCCUCUGGUGUGCUGUGUCCUUGCCCUGUCUUCCUGUGUGGCUCUGCCCCAGAUGCUUCAGAGCCUCUGUGCGCCUGGAGAUUGCUUGACUUCGUAAACCUUUUUUAGGAGCUGUUCUUGUCUCCCUUUUGGCCACUUAGUCUGCUGGCUCAGUCACUACUUGAAGCCCCCACUUAAUUUUCAGUUACAGCUCUUGCAGUUUCGGCAUAGUCUCGUCUCAGACAGAUCUCAUCAAGAAGGAUUGAAGGGAUAACUGUGGAGUGAGCUGGACAUUGGAGCUAUGUCUGCUGCCAUGUCAGCAUCUUGCUCGGCAAAUAUCAAGCUGUAAAUUGGCCCUAGGGCUCUGGGUCCCAUCAGCAUCAGAAAUCUAUUGCCCCUAAUGGGUCUGACCAAGUUGUGUAGAGCAUGACUCCCAUUAAUGGGAAUACAAGAGCCAACUGGCCUAAAACAUUUCCCCUUCACUUUCCCACUCAGAUUGCUUUCAGAAGACCCAUGGAACCAAUGACUGAUAAUAAGGAAAAUUUAGCAACUUUGAUAUCUUCUAAUAAGAAAUUCCUAUCAGCCACUUCAUCCCACCAGAACUAGUUUAUUUCUUCCCCCAAAUUCGUGACCUUUAUGUUAGUUACGGGAUUUUGCUGAUGAUAGACUUUGAGUCCCAGUGUUCCAUUUUGUGUUAAUACAUCCCAUUUUAGGGCCUAGCCUUCUCUUCAUUGACUGUGUUCCCUUCAACCCAAUCCCCACUUUACGUAUACAAUAGAGAGUUGAUGAAUGAAAGGACCCAAAUAGGCCAGAUAGUUCCCCCAGGCCCUGAUAUCCAUAAAGGCUUGGGAAUGGAUUAUGCAAUUGCCCUCAAUCUUUUUGUUGUUCCAGAAAAAAUGAUGGGCCCAGAUGGAUGCCUACAUAAAAAUGGUUCCUAGCUAUGUACUCAUAACUUUUCUCUGAAUUGAGUAGUGAAAGUUGAAGUAGGAGAAAAGGAAAUUAAAUGUCCUUCUAGUAUUCCUUUGGACUCAGGUCUGACAUAAGAGAUAAUAACCUAUAUUGAAAUGCCAAGAAUUUUAUCUGAACCAAGGAGAGGACAGUUUGACAGAUUUAUUAUGCCUUCACGUUACAUAGGCACUGAAACCAAGUAAUAAACAUAAAAUAGCCAUUGCACAGGCAAACGCACCUAAAACCUUUUGUUUAUGUUUUGAUGUAGCAGAAAUUGAUUUUUAGGGAAACCUAUGCAAUUGUGGUGUUCCAGGGGUAUCUCUUGGUAACUUAGCUUAUGGAUUCAGUUGCUGUUGAGUUGGAUUCUAGACAGUUAUUACCUUGAAAAGGGAAUUUGGUGCCUUAUAUGAUGGGAGCCAGAGACUGCUGGGAAUAAACAGAGUGGAUUCACACCAGUGUCAACACACAGCUUUAGUGGGGAAGGGGAUGGCACACAGUAUCCCCAAAUUUGGGGCUUUUGUCUCCCAUACCCCCCGCCCAUGUGUCUCAUCUUCCUUUUCACACUCUUGACAAUAACUUGAAAAUGGUGAAACCACCUUCUCCGAAAUUUUCUACAGCAUGGACAACAUUCUUUUCUUAUUAACAUAAUAGAUAGCUCAUAAGGUGAGUGUUAGGACUGUUACAGCCUGCAGUUGCCUCCCUUUAUCAAGUUUCUAGAAUUGAUGGUGAAAUAGGGAGUUACUGGGUAAGUUUUAGCCUGUGGGUAAUGCCUUAGUGUUAUUUUAAAAGAUUUGUCAUUUAUAUUUAAAAUAAGUUCAUGAAUGUUUGAAAGCAACAAAAUGAUCAGGGAUGACUCUUUGCCAUGGGUCUCAUUUUCACUCUUUCCUGUAAGGAAAAACAACGACGUCUUAUUAUAUAUUUUUUUAUUUUUAUUGUACAAGUUUGUAAGUAAUCCCAAUUUUAAUAAAGUUUUAUAGACUAUAUAGUGGUUUCUCUUAA